AUGGAUUCUGCAGAUGAUAUUUUCAAGAAAGUCGUUCAUAAUGAUUCAGAUGAGAACUCUAGUGAUGAUAAGGAUAGCGAACGUCCAGCAAAGGAAGGUAAACAGAGUGGGAGUACAUGCGACAGUGAUGAGAAGGAUGAGACCAAUGACAAUGUGGACGCAGCUGUUUUGCAGAUGCUUAAAGAAGAGGAAGAUAGAAAAAAAGAAGCCGAAGACCCAGACUGUAGUAACACUGAAGAAGUGACUCAGCAGACAUCAGAAACCGAAGACAAGGGUUUCAAAGUUCUUCAGUGUAAAUGUGAUUCCCAAAGCCCUGGAAUGAGAAAACACCUUGCAUUUCUGAGGAAGUUGAGGCUACACAUUUGGGCAUCCCUAUCAAAAUCUCAGUAUGUCAGUCUGUUAAAAGACUUUGUUGAGUCUGAAUUCUUUGUAAUAGAUGGGGAUUCCUUGUUACUUACAUUUUUGGAUGAGGAUACACAGUGUCUAAACUUCUUCUACCAAGUUGAAUGCUUCCUGCAGGAUUUCACUGAAAAAGGAGCAAAAUAUGUAAUCGUUUUCUUCAAGGAUGCAGAACAGAUGUACUUUCCAUAUCCUCACUUUCUUUUCUUACGAACUGCAUUAAUAGAACACCUGAGGCAUAACACAAGCACCACUGUUCAUACAGAAUUUUCCAAUUGUUUAUCAACCAAAUGGGAGACUUUCCUGAAGCAAAGUUAUCCUUAUUUCAUCAUUGUAUCUGAUACAGGACUGAGCUGUCAUCAAACAGACUAUUUAUCUAUUUUAAUUGCUCAUUCAUUGUUUAAGAAAGUCAACAUUGUGCUUGCUUCAGGACAAGAGUAUGAUCUUCUUAGAGUUUAUGGGUAUCAUGUUCAGAGUGUGCAUAAACACAGAAUUUUUUUUCAAAAGUACAAAGAAGAUCUGAAAUGCGCUUCUGAGAAGUUAGUCAGGUAUGAGGACCCAGUCAUAUAUAUAUAUGAACAGCUCAAUUUGAGCCUGAAGAGCAUAAAAAAAGAGGUUCACCAGACUGUCCAUCUGUUGAAACAACUGUGGCCUGAAGGAUCUGACAUUCGGCGUGUGAUCUGUGUUCUUGCUUGUGCGGUGGGAUUAAAAAUAUACAGCAACAUGUUGGAAAAUGCAAAUAUUUCCAUGAAAGCAAAGACAGGGCAAUCAGCAAGAGAGAGAUGCUUUCCCCUGUGUCUGGAAGAAGCAGCUGACUUCUGCAGAAUGCAGUGUCUUACAGUGGCAUUUCUUCUUUAUAUGCCUCUUUCACAGAGAGCUCAGAUUAGGAUCAAGAAAUCCUGCUGGACUAAGCAAGUUUCACCAUUAAUAAAAAUGCAACAGUUGUGCAUGCAUUUUGCUCUGACACAGCUAAGGGAUACAAAUGAUUGGAAAUUGGAUUUAACUUACCUGCCUGACUUAAAUGAUGAUUCACUUCUCAGGAAUCUUGCACAUUACUAUGAGGUUGAAUAUACUGCAGGAUCAGAGUUAAAAAAGGAGUUGGGAAAAGAAGUGGAGAAUGAAUACCAAUGUUUAUGGGACAUAGUAACAAAAUUGUCUGUGAAGUACAACUUUGGAGAUGCUUUUCCAGUACGAAAGACCUCCCAACUAUUUCUUGAACAGGAACAGACAUUGUUUAGAGAUCAUGAAGAAGAAAUUCCUGCCAUUGGAUUAAUCUCAGUGAAAUCUGAUCUGGUUGAAGAUUAUGCUGGAGAUGUUUUGAAAGACCUACCUGUUUUAGAAAGCAAUGAUCCUGCAGUUACUUCUCUUAAUAAAUACAAGCAAUUUGAUGAGCUUCGUCACUGGCAUUCUGACAGAACUUUGACUGAGGAAUAUGAGCGAGUACCGUGCAAUGCCGAUACUGCAGAAGAAAGAAAACAAAUACAAAAGUUACAGACUUUUCAGCAUUUUUAUGGAAGUACUUUGGGAGAUACCACUUCAAAAGUUAUUGUACCUCAAGAGGAUGUGUCAGGGAAUGCUAAUGCUGCUGUCAAAAAACCACAAAAUAAGCAUAAAACUAAAGCUGAAACAAUUGUAGAGGAAAACAACAGGCGACUACAAGCUAAAGAAGAAAACAAAGAGCAGGAGCAAUGGAAAGCCUUGUGUAUACCAACUGAAAAGGAAAUAAAAGCAAAUCUGACUGUUGGAAUAAAUAAGUUGGAGAAGUUUCUCAAAACUCUUAAAAGUAAAUCUGUAAAGCUCAGCGUAGAAAUGACAGGACUGUCUGCCUGCUUGGAAGUGUGGAAGGAACACUGCAGAAAGCAAGGUAAUAAAUCUAAAGACUUAAGCAAAGCUGUUCAGGUCAUGAGGAGAAUUCAUAUCCUCCUUGAAAAAUAUCAAGAUCUGUUGGAGAAACCACAUCUUCAAAAGCUCACCACAUAUCUAAGACUUCUUGGAUUUAAGAAUUUGGCAUGCUCUCUAUCUGGCCAGGUAGGAGAAAGUAAUGAUCAAAAUAUAAGCAAAUAUGCUAUCGAAGUGAGUCCAGCUCGCUUUCAGCUACAAUACAUGGAUUAUUACUUGCUCAGAGAAGAGAGAAGUGAUCCAGAUCCUCGGGUGCAACAUUUCAUACCAGACACGUGGCAGAGAGAGCUUCUUGAUGCUGUAGACAAUAAUGAGUCUGCAGUGAUCGUUGCUCCCACUUCAUCAGGAAAGACAUAUGCAUCAUACUACUGCAUGGAAAAAGUUCUGAAAACAAGCAAUGAAGGAGUAGUUGUGUAUGUUGCUCCUACAAAGGCUCUUGUAAACCAAGUGGUGGCAACUAUAUACAAACAAUUCACCAAGAAACUUCCGGAUGGAUUGGCAGUGUGUGGUGUCUUCACAAGAGAUUACAGGAGUGAUGUAAUGAAUUCUCAGAUACUAGUGACCGUGCCUCAAUGUUUAGAAAUUUUGAUGCUGUCUCCUCGUUGCCAGAAAUGGACCAAACGGAUACAAUAUGUUAUAUUUGAUGAGGUCCAUUGUCUUGGUAGUGAAAUUGGAGCAGAGGUUUGGGAGCACCUUUUGGUAACAAUUCGAUGUCCAUUUUUGGCGCUCUCUGCUACUGUCAGUAACCCGGAACACCUAACAGAUUGGUUACAGUCUGUGAAAAGGUACUGGCAACGUGCUGAGAAUACAAUGGAAGAAAGCUCUGAAAUGAACUUCACAAGAAAAUAUAAAGUGAAACGAAAAGUACGAGAACAGAAGAAAUCCUAUCGUGUUAGGCUAGUUUUGUAUGAAGAAAGAUACAAUGAUUUGGAAAAGUAUGUGUGUUCUCUAAAGGGCAGUGAUUUUAUCAUUGAACAUUAUCAUCCAUGUGCUGUAUUAACAGUCAAUCACAUUGAGAAUUAUGGUUUUCCUUCAGAUCUUUCCUUGUCUCCACGAGAGAGCAUCCAACUUUAUGACAUAAUGGUAAAAGUCUGGCAAGAGUGGCCAAGGGCACAGGAACUGGAUCCUGAAGAGUUUAUCUUUUUCAAGAAUAAGGUAGUAAUCAAAAAGGCAGAUGUGAGGAAAUAUGAACAAGAACUAAAGGAGGAACUAUGCAAAUGGAUUGUGCUUGGCCAAAGGCAGAAGGUGAAUGAGCUACUGGAGCACCUUAAGCCAAAACCUGUGGAUUGCUCAGAACUGGAGAAGUGGAAUAAUUUUCCACGCUUUGUUGAUAAAUUACAUGAGAUGAAUAAGUUGCCUGCCAUAUUUUUUAUAUUUAAUGUGGAUUUAGUGGAACAUUCAGCCAAGAAUAUAUUCCUCAAUUUGCUGAGAAAACAAAGAAGCAAACAAGAUCCUAAUACUGAGAGGGAAAAAGAACAUUUGAGGGAUGAACUAAGAAAAGUGAAUAAGACGCUAACAAAAUUCUGUCCUCAGAAUAUGAAAAAGUUGAACUCUAGUAAAAUGGAAAACAUGGAACUUCUUGUGACUACAAAACAACAGUUAGAAAAAAGACUUGACAGGCUAACUGCUAUCCCUUCUGCAUGUAGCUAUGCUGAUCCUAAAGCAGUGGAUGAAGAUACUUUUAAGAAGAUUUUUCAUCGAGCUAGGUUUGAGAGAAGACGUUAUCUGCAGCAAAGCAUGGCACUGAGGGGCAUUGGUUUUCAUCAUGGAAAUAUGACUGCCAAGGAAAGACAAGUAGUGGAGAUGCUUUUCAGGAUGGGAUAUAUCAAGGUGGUUACGGCUACUUCAACACUUGCUUUAGGAAUCAACAUGCCAUGUAGAUCUGUUGUCUUUGCUGAAGAUUCAAUCUUUUUAGAUGCCCUAAAUUACAGACAGAUGUCAGGACGUGCUGGAAGACGAGGGCAAGAUAUGAUUGGUAAUGUGUUCUUCUACAACAUUCCAUGUCCCAAAGUUGAAAGACUUAUCAAGUCCAACGUACCUCAGCUGAAAGGCCAGUUUCCUCUGACCGUUUCCUUAAUACUGAGACUCAUGCUGUUGGCUGCAAAGGCUGAUGACAAAGCAGAUGCCAGAGCAAAGGCAUUGUCAGUGUUGAAGCACUCACUGAUGUCAUUCAGGAAAGAAAGAUACACUGAAAUAUUAAAAAUUUAUUUUAUGUUUUCCUUGCAGUUUCUUAUCAAGGAGGGCUACUUGGAUCAAGAAGGUAACCCCAUAGGAUUUGCUGGACUUGUGACACACUUGUUCUAUCAUGAACCUUCAAAUUUUGUUUUAGUGAGCUUUCUUACAAAAGGAUUAUUCCACAAAUUAUGCCAGCCAAUUAAAGGCACAACUGUUUUUUCAGAAGAUGUCCUGGAAAGGCUAGUGCAUAUUCUAGCAAACCUGUUUGGGAGAAAAUAUCUUCCAGCCUGCACCAGGAAAUACAAAUACAAAUUUUGCCAGUCAAAGGUUUUUCUAGAAGAUCUGCCAGAAGACUUUGCAGAUGCUCUAAAUGAGUACAACACCAAAGUAGAGGAGAAUUUUGCUCAUUUUCUUCUGACAACUGCCAAGCUGGCAGAUAUGGAACAAGAAUACAGACUUCCACUGUCAAAGACAGAUUUUACAUCUAAGAAAUGGCAUGGCUCUGAACUAGCAUCUUAUUUGAUGGACAAUGCCAAAAGCAUAUCUGCCAUCUCACCGUUUGCAUGUUUAUCUGGAGUGACUGAUAAUGAUCUAUUUCAUGGGAAAAUAAUUAAUGAAGCUGUCUUACGUUCCCUUGGCAUUAAUGUCACAAACUGCCCCCUGCUUUGUUUGAAGAAGUAUGAUAAGCAGGGAAGGAGGAUGCCACUCAAUGCAUAUGCACUGGACUUCUACAAGCACGGUUCCUUGAUUGCAUUGACAACUGAUAACUGGUUAAAUGAAGGGGAUGCUUACUACGCACUAAAGGAUUUUACACUCCUCAUUAAAUCUGUUGGAACAUCACUAAGUGAACUGUGUGAUGAUCCAAAUGAUAAUGUUCUACUGGCAUUUAAACAACUGGGCGAAAUCUAUGAAGAGAAACUGAAGUGUGCUAUCUGAAGAAGCAACAGUACAUAAGCAUCCUUACCACACCGAUCAGCUGCCUUUUAAGUUAGAGUGACUAGGUCAGAGUUAGAAACUGUUUCAUCCAAUAUCAGUAAUACAGUUUACUUUAGAAAAUUAAACUUCACUUUUGGUCAUUUUAGCAGCUCUAAUAUCAUCCAAGUACUUGUUUCUGAGAGAUUUCAAAACUAGGUAACUUCACAUAC